UCGGAGUUUCUUUGGUUUUCUACAUAGUACUGGCUUCCAUAGGAGCUUUCUCGCCAUCAAUCAUGUGACAUAGCCAAGACCACAGAUCCAAACAUUUUCUAGCACAGCAACAAGUACAAUGUCUCUCCCUAACAUUCCAUGCCUUACCAACUCUAAACACAAGUACAACAUCCACCGCUUCCAUCCUCCACCCUCAGACCGACCAGCUCUUCUGCUCUAUAUUCCACCAUGCUAUUAAAACCCCCCCUACCGUCUCCAUCUGCCAUCUUCAGACCAACCUCUCCGGAUCCAAGUCGAAGGUCCCCUAAUAGCACUUUAGAAGCUCCUUCCAAGGGUUUCGUGGCAUACAGCUGAUCACUCACCUCCAUUUCCAUUACCAGGCGGCCCCGAACUGGCGAAGCUGGCGUUUCAAGCAAUAUACCACCGGGAGGUGCAGCCUGACGUCCCUGGGGAUAUGGUCGUUCGUGAUGAGUACACAGGUUGGCUGGAAGCGGCUAGACCACAUGUUAUAAUAGAUUAUUAUAGAGUUACAUUUGACCACCUUGUGCCAAUCGACGAUACCGAUCCAGAAGUCCUACAGAUCAAUAUUUUUGAAAUUAAAGAUGAUGGAGGCAUAUAUACAAACGAGAGCAGCUGUUUUAAGAUCAACCCAGCAGAUUAUACUAGGAAGAAAGUGCUUGCUCUACCGAGAUGCUUAGGGUUAGGGGUUUAUUGUUAGUACUAUUAACAGUACUACCUUUACCUUCUAAGAUACACCU